UUUUGAAAGCAAGGUCAGCUCUUUUUUUUUUUGCAAGCUUGGCAGAGUUAUUGAAGUGAAGCCUAGUAAAGCAACAGUUUCUAUGUACGUGCGUGUAGCUAAGGCAAAGACCUCUCUCUACUUAAAGUUAUACCGCCCAAGGGACAAAAUGAAACCAAAGGUCGGGAAGUCUUCCUCAACCAGUGAAAUUGUGAAACAGAAGAAACCAAAGAAAUUGAAAAAAAUUGCUGGUCUCUGUGUCACUCCUAUCUCCAGUUUCUUUAAGCCGUUGAAUGUCACGAAACGUGUCAGUUCUCCAGUAAAGUCCCCCCCUAAAACACCCACCUCAUCGAACACACGACGGUCCCCUGCAUCAAGACCGUCUCCAGUCAAGCGGCGUGGCAAACUCACUCCAGUUAAACUUGGCUUUCAGUUCGACUUCACUACUAAAAUUCCACCCGUAACGCCUAAAAAAUCUCCCGCUAACCCCCCCUCUGUGUGUCUGCCCACUCCACCCCUCUCACGCAGUCCCAGUCCCUCCACACCAAAGUCACAAGCCUCACAUCAAUCAUCUCCACCCUCGUCGACACAGGCGCCACCAUUCUCUCCAAUCGAACCACUCUCACCAGAAACACUAGAGGCUCUAAAGUAUUCGGUUGAGACACCAUUACCACCUCCAAAGACACCGUCAAGAUGUAAUACUCCUGAGAAAAAGGAAAGGCCGCCGGAAAACAUUAGACAUAAAGUGAUUGUUAUCUCAUCUGAUUCGGAAAUGGAAGUUGUUUGUUGUCAGAGACCAAGAAAGAUGUCUGCUAAUAGAGAUAUCGCGAUUGUGAUCAAUUCCAGCGAAUCUGAAGAUCUGGAAAUUCCAAUUUCAAAGAGAAGGAAAAAAGUAUCUAUUGAGAGUGUAUCACAAAAUACAUCCAGCACACGUCCUCUUCAGAUCAAAACUUGUACUAGUGUAUCAAACGCUCCAAAAAUCAUUUCAGUUGCCAGUAAACCCUCAACCCAUCACUCCUCUCCAACACAACAGCUGGAGAAAAAUGCUGGAAAUUCAAAACUAAUUACAUUGAAGCCACCAAAAAGUCAACAUUCAAAGCCUGCCUCUAAAAGCCUCGAACCUACACUUAAGAAACAAAAGCUGCUCAAACUUCCUCGUUGUCUCCUAGAGAAACAGGACACUGCUCCUGUUGAUAGGCUCUCUGAGGUGGCUGCUUUGCUGUGGAAAAGAGGCACUCCUCAUAUGACCAAGUGUGUUUCCAGCACUGCUAAAGUGUUCUUGUUCAAUAGAGCACAGCGCACUCGUGUGGAGACCUACCUUGACUGUGACUGUAGGUUUCUCUCCGACAAGCUGGCCACUCUGUCUGGCUAUCUGGCCACUGUUACAUCCUGUACUAGCAUACCUCGUGGAGAGAAUCUGGCAGCCCUCUUUCUACUCAUCUGUGAUCCUCACGUAUCUGCCAGUCGCAUUCAUCCUACCGUGCGGACUGCUCUUGUGCGGUACUUCCCCCGGCUACUUCUAGUCCACCCCCCUGGUUCACACAAGGCCGUGGACGCACAGUACAGGGUCUUCCUGACUGCACUGGUGGAGAAGGGGAAGGUGUUCUCACUCUGGGAGCUACUGCUAUUGCUAGUAAGGUUUACUGGCCAUGGCUCCCAGCUGCUCUCCUUUCUAGUAGACCUCCUUCUCUCAGACUACUGGGCUACUCUGCACACUGACAGUGGUGAGACCCCGUUAUUCUUGAGAGUGUUCUGGGCGUGUAAAGAGAGCCCUCGCAUCAACCCCUCCGUCAGGGAGCUACUCAAAGAGCUGGCCAACCUCCUCCAGACCUUUACUACCUCCAGAGAAAACCUGCUCAGACUGGACUCAGUGUGUGCUCUGCUCUACCUGUGUGGUGCAGUGUGUGUUGACCUCCCCGAUGAACUCUUAGCACUGUGUAACUCCCUCCCUCCCUCGUGUGUCCAUCUUCUACUGGGAAGAGUUCACUCUCUACCGCUCUACUCACGUCUUGUACUGGCUCUACCCAAAGAGAAGAUGCUUAUAAUUCCCACCUCACAGCAAAGUAUUGAGCAGGAGAUCAAGGAAUUGAAACCUUCAGAAGUGAUUGCUUGUGAAAAAAAUAUAAAGAAAGGCGAUUAUGUAAAGGCAAAGCAAUUUGAAUGUAAGAAAUUGAUGUCACAUCUUUCAAGGCCUUCCUCUGUACAGAACACUCUGGCUACGAACACUCUGGCUACGAACAAAACUAAACCCAGUGCAGAGCUCUCUGCUGCCUGUGUGGAGGUCUCCCAUGGUCAUAGUGAGUUUCCUCACACUAACCCGAGGCCUGCUAUCCUCAAGUUCAGCAAACAGAAAAGCUUGAAGAGAUGUGAAAAUUGCAAGAAAGGAACUUGUACUAGAUGUUUAAAAACAUUUUAAUCACUUUUCUUAUUUUUUUGUAUUAUUCCUCCCUAAUAAUUAUAUACUCCACUGUGCAUUCAACAUAAUUAUUCUAAUUCUAA